AUGCUUAUUGAGCCGUUAGAUCUUUUUGUGAAUACCUUCGUUAUGUCCGAUAAAUUAACAUCAGAUAUACCAUUUUGGCUAAAGUUCUGCAAAAGUUCUGACUUGUUGGCUAAUAAUAGUAAAAUAUUAGAAUAUUCAAUGGUAUUAGCUGAUCAAUAUUCUAGCAUAAAUGAAUUAUCACAAGCGUCCACUCAGCAGCUGAAAUCUUAUGGUUUUUCCAAUGUCGAUAUAGUGAAACUAUUGAAACAAGCACAAUUUCUUGAAAAUGAGACGCGCAAAACGUUACAAGAAAAUCAUGAAUUACCAGCGAUAUCAGCAAAGAAACGAACAGCAGCUGCUACUCGAAUAAUUGAAACAUAUCUGAGUGAUCCUGAUGCAAAGCCAUUGAAUCCAUUUGGUACAAAACCAAAAGUAUCCGAUGCAUUAUUGUCAAGAAUUAGCCUCAAAGAUCGUGCAAGAGCAGAGAGACCCAUUGUCAGUUACCCAUAUGACGAUCCAGAUUCUUUUAUAAAAAAAGAUUUAGAAACCGAACCAGUUUCAUUUGAUAAAAUAAUAACAUUAGAUCAUAAUGGCAAGUUACAAACAUCUAAAACUUUACCAUUUCAAUAUAACGGUGUUUUAAAGCCAUCGAGCGCAAAACUAAACGAUUUGAAAUCUUCAGCAGAUAAGAGAAAAUCAGUGUUCGGUGUUGGUCGUUUGCAGCGAAUAUCUGUUAAAAGUCGUCUCGGGAAUGUUAUCGAAGCACCAUCGUUUCUCUCAAGUCGGAUAAUAACGUCGGCAAAUACAACAAAAUCGUUAAUUAAGAAAACAAUAAACAAAGCUGCGACUUUAAUCAAUCCAUUCAUUAAACGUUCAAUAGCAGAAAUAGCAACAGUAAACACAAAUGAGACAAACAUUGAUGCAGAUGAUCAUUCAAACUUAAAUGAUAUACCAUCAUUAAGUACGAUUGAUUUACGCACGACGUUAAAACGGCAAUGUUAUUUAGUUUCCAAUACUACUAAAGAACCGUCUUUAUUAUCACGGUCAAUAACCAUCGCUCAAAUUCCACCAGAUAAAACAAAUCGAACAGUGACAUUUGUAGGAAAUAAUAAACGUCAACGAGAAGAUAAUGAUGAUAAUGAUAAUGAUGAUGAUGAAAAUGAUGGUUAUAUACAAACAAGACAAAUACAAAAUAAUGAAAGACGUGUCGAGGUAUUGGAGAACAAUAAAUUACAACCACCAACAUUCUCUUUUGAUGAUUACACACAAGAGUUGAUGCAAACAAAAUCUAUUGUAAAUGCGCUACGUGGAUUACAAACAGAUGAUACUGAAGAAGGCGAACCAGUAUUGAAAUCAUUCGAUUUGAAAGGUGCUGCUGAUUAUAUGAAAAAUUGUAAGAAUAUUAUCGUUAUGUCGGGAGCAGGCAUUUCAACCUCAGCUGGAAUUCCUGAUUUUCGAAGCCCCGGUACUGGUUUAUAUUCACAAUUAGAAAAAUACAAUUUACCGUUUCCUGAAGCUGUUUUUCAUCUAGAGUUUUUCAGAACUAAUCCAAAACCAUUUUUUCUUCUCGCUAAAGAACUCUAUCCAGAAAAGUUCACUCCAACACCAGCUCAUUAUUUUAUGCGUUUAUUGAACGAGAAAAAGAAAUUACUUCGCAUAUUUACUCAAAAUAUCGAUUCGUUGGAACGUGUUGCUGAAAUACCAGCAGAUAAAAUAGUUGAAGCUCAUGGAACCUUUUUUACUGCACAUUGUAUUGAUUGUCAGAAAGAAUAUUCCUUAGAGUAUGUAAAAGAUAUAAUAUUUAAAGAUGAAAUUCCUACCUGCGCCUGUGGUGGUAUUAUUAAACCGGAUAUCGUUUUCUUCGGAGAAAGUUUACCAGAAAAAUUUCAUACUUUACGAAUGAAAGAUUUUCCAAAGGCCGAUUUUCUGAUUAUAAUUGGAACAUCGCUGAUGGUUGCACCGUUCAAUCGCCUUAUCUUAGAAGUGAACAAAGAUUGCCCUCGUUUAUUGAUAAAUAUGGAACCAGCAGGAACUAAAUCUAUAAAUCUUUAUUCAUCACAAACAUUAAUGUUUGAUUCUCCCAAAAAUCGACGUGAUGUCUUUCACCAAGGAUCAUGUGACGAUGGCACCUAUGAAUUAGCAAAAUUAUUAGGAUGGGAGGAUGAUUUCAAAGAAUUGCUAAAAUCUGUUGGUGUAUCUCCGUCUGGCAAGAAAGCCGAAGCAAUUGUAACGCCGACUAAAGAAAGAAAAACCCAAACUUCAGCUGCUACUAAUUCUCCAAGUGAAACAAAGGCAUCUAAAGCUUCUGUAAAAUCGAGUCCACAAAGAACUCGCAGUCACUCGCCGACGAAAAAAGCAUCGACAAAAGUGUCCAGUAAAAAUGAUAAUUCUCCAAAAGAUAGUCGAUUGAAUGAAGCGGCGAAAAAUGCUGAUAAACUAGCUCAUGAAAUGGCUAAAGCGGCAAUAUCAGAUGAUGUUGAUCAAGCAGAUGAUGAGAAGAAAAAUGAGAAGAAAAAAGAAUUAUGA